AUGACCGAACCUUCGAUAUAUCCUCCGCCGGCGGGCCGCCUGCUGUUCUCGAGUCGACAGUAUCACUCGACACCUCAGUCACCCAAGCAUCAACGCCAACAUUCCGACGACUUCAUAUCCCAACUUUCCCCCAUGAACGCGAUCGACACUUUCCGUGCGCCUAGCGGCCCGCUGAAGGCCUGCAUGGACGCGGCGACACCCAGUGAACAGAGCUUUGCGCUGCGGGCCGCAGUCGCCUCAAAAAAUAUCUACGAGUGGCUUGAAGAGCUGCGAGACUGGCCGUGGUCCACAGAGGGGGGCCUCGGCUUCCAGACGCCGAGUUCCGCUCAGGGCAAGCUUCAGUCGCGCGGCAGAGCCGGCUCGACUGUCGAACACGCGCCGGAAGACCAAGCUUCGACGUUCAAGCAGGCAUACAAUGGAAGCCUGGUUGAAUCAGACAUGGCGCGGUACGAAACGCGCAUUUCUCAGAUACAGCAAGAGCUGGACAAACUCGAGAUCGAGGACAUCAAGAGACACGUGCUGCACAACCACAUCAUGCCUCUCUCAAGACCCGGCACUCCAGCGAGCCCUACUUUUGAACGCUCCUUCGCAAUGGCCUCACUCGCGUCUUACGUGAAAAUGGACGACUUGACGGCCGUGAUCACAGCCACGGUUGUGCAAGCAUUGCCUAACCUUUCAAGACUGCUGAGACUUAUGAACGCGUGGAGCGCACGCUUGACGGUUCUUCGACGCGUUCCUUCUUGGACGUCUUCUCUGGCUGAUGCCGAGGCUGCACUGAAGUCCGCUUGGGCUACAAUUGAGCAGGGUUCGAAAGCCGUGGCACAGGGACCAUCUUCAGAGCAGUCCUCUGAGGGGGAGACGUUCUCACAGAACAAUUACGAAGUCACGAAGCUCUUGUUGGAAAAGAAGGUUUCAACAGCCGCGCAUAUUCUCGACUACAUGCUCGAUAACCUCGAGGGCCGGGAUGAUACCCUGCCGGACGAAUGGCUCGACCGCAUGGAGGCUGUCGAACGUCAAUGCGCGGACUGGACUGCCGCCUUUGAGAAAAAGCUUCGUGACGAGCAAGUUGCAGCUUUGCAGAAGCUGGCUAAACCCGCCAGGAUUGAUACUGAUGUAAAAGCUGCAACACACGCCGAGUCCGAGGAACCUGCUACACCGGUUAUCCGUGUUGACGAUGCCGAUGAGGUUGAGUCCCAGGGCUACGGAGCCGACGGCAUGGACGAUGCUGAUCGGCCCAUCCCUAGUGUGGAAACCUACGAUGCAUUGAGCAAGUCUCCAGUCAUCUCUGUCACCAACGACCACGGAUCCACACGAAGCACCGCCAGUCCAGACGCCGACCAGUCAGCAUUCGACUCGGAUCUUGAUGCUGAUCACCUUUCGUUGGACCAUGGUGCUCAAGCAUCAAUUUCGGACGAACACGAGCAUCACAGGCCUGGGACCGCUGUAUCAGAUGCUUCGACUAUCGUUCGUGCACACCCUCGCGAUCCAUCAAUGACUCCGGACUUGUUGCCACUGAAUGGGACCCGCGCUUCUCCGCAUACUCCGCCAAGAGAAACAAGAUCGAUAUCGAUGCCAAUAGGAGAAAUGCCGCCAGUUCUUGAGUACCCCGAGGACGAGAGCUCAGAGGAUACGUCUUUGAGCUCUUCAUUCAACAGCAACGCCGAGGAACUUGGAAGUCCUAUCGUACUGAGCCAGGCAAAUGGCGAGGAUGACCACCUGCGUAAGCAGAUCAGCCAGAUCUUGGAGAACAUCCCGGCCAAAAUCCAGCUCUCCUCGCGCCCAACUAUCAAUCACCUUAAUCCUCCGGACCUGCAGCUGCCGUACUCCAAGCCAAGACCGACGGCAGAUAGGACUGUCCGCAGCAAGUCCAGCAUGUCUUCACGGGCCAGCAUGUCAUCUCGAGCCAGCACGCCAUCCUUCAUGCUCGCCCCGGUUCCUCGACCGAGACAUCAGCGGGGAAACCAAGACAUCAAACUGUACCAUUUAUCUAGAGCGAACGGGGAGGCUCCGAUCAAGCUUUUCAUUCGCUGUGUUGGCGAGAACGGCGAAAGGGUCAUGGUUCGUGUAGGUGGCGGCUGGGCCGACCUUGGAGAAUAUCUCAAAGAAUACGCGAUCCACCACGGCCGACGAUCUCACCGAGGGAGUGAGAGCAAGGUAGAGGUGAGGGACAUCCCUCGAUCAGCCAGCGCUCUUAGCACUCGACGACCCUCUGCCAGUCCUUCGAUCCGGCCGAGCCCUCCCAGCCGCCCGGGCUCGGCCCUAGACUCGACCAGCCCGAUCUACGUCAAGAAGAAGCGCCAGCCCAGCGCGGGAGAAGACUUAUUGGGACCAAGACUGCCUGCAACACCUCUUGCUUACGGCAGCCAACGGGCCUCGGAGCCACCAUCCUCGGGCUCAGGCAGUACCGGCCGCUCACGGUCGAGCUCGCGUAUUAGCUGGACGGAGGACGACAGCUCGCUGGGCAUGGCAGGUCCCAGGGGCAUGAGGAAAGACAUCCCCCAGGAGAGCCUCGACUGGGUCGAGAGCAUCAAGGAGAAGGUGCGAGCCGUUAGUGGCGGCUCGGGCCCGCCGAGAGAGCAGGGUAACGGAGGCGGGAAAUUCGGCGAACUUGGAAAGGUGGGAGGGACGAAACGGCUGUUCAGGAAGCCCACGUGA